AUGACUGGCUCCACAUCCAGCGCUCACCACUGCCCCCACCCCAAGGGUGGCAAAGGAACGCGGUCCAGGAGCACUCACGCACGAUCCGUGUGCCUCACCAACAAUGGGGGGUCGGAGGAAGAAGACAAAGAAGGAGGGGUGCUGUUCCAUGUCAACAAGAGCGGCUUCCCGAUUGACAGCCACACCUGGGAACGCAUGUGGAUGCACGUGGCAAAGGUACACCCCAAGGGAGGAGAAAUGGUGGGGUCCAUCAGGAAUGCUGUCUUCCUGGCAAAACCUUCAGUGCCCCCAGUUCCAAACUACAGGAUAUCCAUGUCUAUCCCGGAAUGGCUUCACGCAGUCCAGAAUUACAUGAAGACCCUACAAUACAAUCACACAGGGACGCAGUUCUUUGAAAUUCGAAAAAUGAGACCACUGAGUGGGUUGAUGGAAACAGCAAAAGAAAUGACUCGAGAAUCUUUACCUAUCAAAUGUCUCGAAGCUGUAAUCCUGGGCAUAUACCUAACAAAUGGGCAGCCUUCCAUUGAGCGAUUCCCCAUCAGCUUUAAAACCCAAUUCUCAGGAAAUUACUUCCAUCAUGUUGUACUGGGAAUCUACUGCAAUGGCCGCUACGGCUCACUGGGCAUGAGCCGGAGGUCCGACCUAAUGGACAAACCUCUGACUUUUCGGACUCUGAGUGACCUCAUCUUUGACUUUGAAGACUCCUACAAGAAAUAUCUACACACAGUCAAGAAAGUCAAGAUUGGGCUGUAUGUCCCCCAUGAGCCCCACAGCUUCCAGCCCAUUGAGUGGAAGCAACUGGUUCUCAAUGUCACAAAGAUGAUGAGGUCGGACCUAAGGAAAGAGCUGGAGAAAUAUGCCAGGGACUUGAGAAUGAAGAUCUUGAAACCCACAAGUGCCCACUCUCCUCCCCUGGAGAGAAGUCGUGGAAAGUCACUGUCUCCCCGGCGGAGACCAUCAAGCCCUACCAGACGGCUUGGGAGGCGAGACAAAUCGCCUGCACUCCCAAAUAAGAAGGUGGCAGACCUCAGUACUCUGAAUGAAGUAGGCUAUCAGAUUCGAAUUUAA